UGGCGGCCUGAACCUCGGUCCUGAAAUUUUUGAGCCUGUAUUAACUACAGGACUAAAAGAAUUUAUGAUGGAAAAUAUCUCUGUACAACCAGAGCCUAAGAUUUUUGAAGACAUGGCUGUGUACUUCACAGAGCAGGAACUGGCCAGCUUGACACUUGACCAGAAGGCCGUGUACAAGGAUGUGGUGCUUGAGAACUUUACACAUGUGGCUUUACUGGGGUACCUCGCAAAAGUAAAACAAUAUUUUCAACUGACUGCCGAAGCAGAGUCGUCCAGGGUGAAGGCCUUUCUCUAAGUCAGCUGUGCUGGAAGACAGACAGAGGAGGCGAGGUCAGGGCCCUGUCCCUGCUGUCAAGUGCAGUGUUUUCUGUAGCCAGGCGCAUUUCCAUCCAAUAGAUGUAUUAUUGCUCUUAGUUCAUUAAGUUGUGCAUUAUAAUGUGCAAAGCAGACACUUGAGUCCUUUUUAAACAGCUUUAUGAAGAUAGAAUGCACAAACCAUACAUUUAUUUAAAGUGAAAUAAAAAAUAUUUCUCAGCAGGCAAAGAAAAAUUAUAAGGGGGUAGAAACGGACUUUGAGGAUUAGUCAGCGAUCUGCAGAAUGUGACGUCUAGCCCAUUUUAAGUUUGGGCUGGAGUCCAGAGAAAAAGAAGUUCCUUUGACCAAAUGGUGUGAAUACUGACACAGAAUUCCACAAAUUGAUCUUAAGACUCUGAAGCUAAGCUUUUCCGGAGGAAUACUCAGAAUUGAAGGUAGCUCUGGAUGCUACGGUCUCUGAACAAAGUUGGGAUUGACUGAGAAGUCAAGGGCUGUAACAAAAUUCUGAGUUAGCCCUCAUCUCCUUCUGUGUGUUCUUUAUAAAGUAUUAUUCUGCAGAAAUCCGUUUGGCUGCUAUUGUUCAGAGUGUCAUUUCCCCAAGUCCAGCUCUGCUCCUUCCCUUCGGUUCUGACACAGUUGGGAGUUAGGUGUAGUUAUAUCUCUUUCCCAGCUUACUUGGUAAGUUGAGGCAGGAGGAUUAUUUGAACUCACUUGUUUAAGACCAGUCUAGACAAUGUAAUCAUCACCACACCCUUGGUCAAAAAAAGCCCCCCCAAAAAACAAACAAACAAAACUUUUGAACUAAGUUUAAAAUUUAAAAAAAGGAAAAAAAAACAGAACAAAAAGUUAAAAUCACAGAACAGCGAAGUACCACCCAAUGCCUUGGACACCGGGAGCUGUACACCCUUGGGCCUAAGAGUGGACACCACUACAAAGAAAUAUGUGAAGGAAAGCGGGCAAGUUAUUAAAAUAGCCCACUCUUGAGAGAGGGGGACUGAAGAGGUGGUGGCAGUUGCAGUUUCCUGCCCUCGUGGAGCUUGGAGUUGCUGAAGACAUCCAGACAGGCGGUAGCGAUAAGUAGGAUUGACUCGGUGCCAAAAGAGACUGACUCCGGUGAGAUUCGGCUCUCAGCACUUCUUAGAGGAAGCCCGUGCAUGAGAGACACUGGAGAGGCUGGCACAGGCAGGUGGGCACCACUGUGAUCAAAGGCAUGGUGGAGAGAAGGCAGAGAAAGAAACGGAUCCGUUGGAGCCCCGUGAAGAGAGGACGAACAGGCAAUGCGAGAGUGGAGAGAACAGCCUGAUGUGAGCAGCCAGCGCUACCCGAGGCCGUGGAAAUGGCUGGGCCUGUGCUGCCUCAAGGGCCAUGUUGAUGUCCAAGGACUGCACAGAGUUGUCCCCUUGGCCCCCAGCAUGCCUGGGCAUCGUGGGAGAGCUGAUCCAACCCCUUGUUGACUGCAGCACUCAGGAGAGAUGCCCUGCACCUUGCCUGGGCAGCACGGUAGAGCUGGCCCUGGUGGUGUGGGCACAGGAGAGCUGACCCCGCCCCAGCCCAUGGGAGAGCUGGCCUUGGUGGUAUGAAUGCAGGAGAACUGGGUGACGAUGAACUCAGCAACCACCCAGGCCCAGAUCGAGGGCUUUGAGUUGGUCCACCCCAACUCUACCCAUCUAAGAACUGCUGGAUCACGUGAAGGGGCCUGCCCUACAGAACCGAGGCUCAGGAUCUCCAUGACACAGGGCAGCAACAGGAUAUCCGAGAGGAGUCCCAGUGAGGAUCCAAUAUUGAUGGCGUAGUGGAAACCAGAAAUGACUCACUGCAACAAACAUUUGCAAGCAAAGCCGUUUGGGCAAAACCAAGACACCACAGCUUCCACGGCGACAUUUUUUUUUUCCAUUUUUUAUUUUCAUUGUUCAUUGCAGGGGAGAUCGCAAGAGUGGAGGACAGAUACAGAGGGAUGGGAGA